UUUAGGAUAAUAUGGUGAAUGAAUUUAAUAGUGAUGCUGAACAUCAGAGAAAAAUCUAUAUUCCUCCAAAGAUAUCUAGAAUAGUUCCUAAACAAACAGAACUCGAAAAUCAGAGUCGUCAGAAAGAAAGUGAUGUAAAGAACAUAAUAGAAUCUCUUACAAAUUGCCUCAUUCUCAAAGAUGAAAUGAAGGAUGAUAAAAAUAAGAAAAAUAUGUUUGUAUCUGAGAAUGUUGAUGAUGACGACGACGACACACUAGAAAUGUUACUUUCGUUAACUGAAGAAAAGCAUAAUUCAAAGAAAGUAACACUUCCUUCCACUUCAGAAAGUACAAGUACAAAUGUACAAUUAGAAAACAAACCUGCAGAUAAACCAUUAGAAAAAUCAGAUAUGAGUUUGAAUGACUGGUUGGACAGCAUUGUAGAAGAUUAAAAUCAACUUAUUGUUAAUUCUGAAUGAUGUUUUAUCUAUUAAAAAAAAACAAAAAUUGUAUAGAUAAUAUUUAAUAAAUUAUUUACAUUUCAGUUUUUCAGAUCUAGUGUACACUUGUAUAUAAAAUCUUAAUUGUUCUUUAUGUAUACUCCCUGCGAAAAGACUUAAAAAUUCAUAUUUUAUGAAUAGUUUUAUUUAAUAAAAAUUUAUAAACUUUACAAUAACCUGUUCACUAAUUUCUGUUAGCAGUUUUCAUGUCAACAUAGAACUUGAAACAAAUGAAAUGUGUGUCCAGGAUUUUCGGAAUUACACAUUUACCAAAGUAAUGAAAAUUAAUGCGUUAUAUUAAGCGAUGGCAAGUGAAACAAAGAUUAAAACUACUGAUCGGUGAUUUCU